AGAAGAUGUAAGCGCGGGGGUCUAGCUGGCCUCGGAGCACCAUGCAGAAGGGGAUCCGGCUGAACGAUGGCCACGUCGCGUCCCUGGGGCUGCUGGCGCGCAAGGACGGCACGCGCAAAGGCUACCUGAGCAAACGGAGUUCGGACAAUACAAAAUGGCAAACCAAGUGGUUCGCGCUGCUGCAGAACCUGCUCUUCUACUUCGAAAGCGACUCCAGCUCGCGGCCCUCAGGGCUCUACCUGCUGGAGGGCUGCGUCUGCGAUCGCGCGCCCUCCCCCAAGCCUGCGCUCUCAGCCAAGGAACCACUGGAGAAACAGCAUUACUUCACGGUUAACUUCAGCCACGAGAACCAGAAGGCCUUGGAGCUGAGGACAGAGGAUGCGAAGGACUGUGACGAGUGGGUGGCGGCAAUUGCUCACGCAAGCUACCGGACCCUGGCCACCGAGCACGAGGCUCUGAUGCAGAAGUACCUGCACCUCCUGCAGAUCGUGGAGACGGAGAAGACGGUGGCCAAGCAGCUGCGGCAGCAGAUCGAGGAUGGGGAGAUCGAGAUCGAGCGGCUGAAGGCAGAGAUCGCGUCCCUGCUCAAGAACAAAGAUCGGAUCCAGGCCACGCAGACCAUCACCCCGAUUGACGAGGACAGUGACAUCAAGAAAAUCAAGAAGGUGCAGAGCUUCCUGCGCGGCUGGCUGUGCCGGCGCAAGUGGAAGACCAUCAUCCAGGACUACAUCCGCUCGCCGCACGCCGACAGCAUGCGCAAGCGCAACCAGGUGGUGUUCAGCAUGCUGGAGGCCGAGGCCGAGUACGUGCAGCAGCUGCACAUCCUGGUCAACAACUUCCUGCGCCCGCUGCGCAUGGCCGCCAGCUCCAAGAAGCCCCCCAUCACGCACGACGACGUCAGCAGCAUCUUCCUCAACAGCGAGACCAUCAUGUUCCUGCACCAGAUCUUCUACCAGGGCCUGAAGGCCCGCAUCUCCAGCUGGCCCACUCUGGUCCUGGCGGACCUGUUCGACAUCCUGCUGCCCAUGCUCAACAUCUACCAGGAGUUCGUGCGCAACCACCAGUACAGCCUGCAGAUCCUGGCGCACUGCAAGCAGAACCGCGACUUCGACAAGCUGCUCAAGCACUACGAGGCGAAGCCCGACUGUGAGGAGAGGACGCUGGAGACCUUCCUCACCUACCCCAUGUUCCAGAUCCCCAGGUACAUCCUGACGCUGCACGAGCUCCUGGCCCACACCCCACACGAGCACGUGGAGCGCAACAGCCUGGACUAUGCCAAGUCCAAGCUGGAGGAGCUGUCCAGGAUAAUGCAUGACGAGGUCAGCGAGACGGAGAACAUCCGGAAAAACCUGGCCAUCGAGCGCAUGAUUAUCGAGGGCUGUGAGAUCCUGCUGGACACCAGUCAGACCUUCGUGAGACAAGGGUCCCUCAUCCAGGUGCCCAUGUCAGAGAAGGGCAAGAUCACCAGGGGGCGCCUGGGCUCGCUGUCCCUGAAGAAGGAGGGUGAGCGGCAGUGCUUCCUCUUCUCCAAGCACCUCAUCAUCUGCACCCGGGGCUCGGGCGGGAAGCUGCACCUCACCAAGAACGGGGUCAUUUCCCUCAUCGACUGCACCCUGCUGGAAGACCCCGAAAGCACCGAGGAAGAAGCCAAAGGGUCCGGCCAGGACAUGGACCGCCUGGACUUUAAGAUCGGGGUGGAGCCAAAGGACUCCCCGUCCUUCACGGUCAUCCUCGUGGCCUCAUCCCGCCAGGAGAAGGCGGCGUGGACCAGCGACAUCAGCCAGUGUGUGGACAACAUCCGGUGCAACGGCCUCAUGAUGAACGCCUUUGAGGAGAACUCCAAGGUCACGGUGCCGCAGAUGAUCAAGUCCGACGCCUCCCUGUACUGCGACGACGUGGACAUCCGCUUCAGCAAGACCAUGAACUCCUGCAAAGUGCUGCAGAUCCGCUACGCCAGCGUGGAGCGGCUGCUGGAGCGGCUGACGGACCUGCGCUUCCUGAGCAUCGACUUCCUCAACACCUUCCUGCACUCCUACCGCGUCUUCACCUCGGCCCUGGUGGUGCUGGACAAGCUCAUCACCAUCUACAAGAAGCCCAUCAGCGCCAUCCCCGCCAGGUCGCUGGAGCUCCUGUUCGCCAGUGGUCAGAACACCAAGCUCCUGUACGGGGAGCCCCCCAAGUCCCCCCGCGCCACCCGCAAGUUCUCCUCGCCGCCACCGCUGUCCCUCACCAAGAAGUCCUCACCCAGCCGCCAGCGCAAGCUGUCCCUGAACAUCCCCAUCAUCACGGGCGGCAAGGCCCUGGACCUGGCCGCGCUCGGCUGCAGCUCCAACGGCUACACCAGCGUGUACUCAGCCAUGUCGCCCUUCAGCAAGGCCGCGCUGGACACCAGCAAGCUGUACGUGUCCAGCGGCUUCACCAACAAGAUUGCAGACGAGGGAGACACGGCCACGGAGAAGCCGGAGGAGCCCUCGGCACUCGGCAAGCAGAGCUCGGAUGUCUCCGUGAGGGAAGAGUCCGACACCGACCCAAACCAGAGCGACGACGCCGACGCGGAGACCUCACCCAGCAAAUCUCCCACGACGCCAAAAUCGGUGAAGAGCAAAAAUUCCUCAGAGUUCCCGCUCUUCUCCUACAACAACGGGGUCGUCAAGACGUCCUGUCGCGAGUUGGAGAACAGCCGCAACAGCCUGUCCGCAGCCUCCGCCUUCGCCAUCGCGACCGCGGGCGCCAACGAGGGCACCCCGAGCAAGGAGAAGUACCGGAGGAUGUCCUUGGCCACCGCAGGGUUUCCCUCCGACCAGAGGAACGGAGACAAGGAGUUCGUGAUCCGCAGAGCGGCCACCAACCGAGUCCUGAAUGUGCUCCGGCACUGGGUGUCCAAGCACUCGCAGGACUUUGAGAGCAACAAGAAGCUCAAGCGCAAGGUGAUUGGUUUCCUGGAGGAGGUCAUGCGCGACCCGGAGCUCCUGUCGCAGGAGCGGAAGGCCGCGGGCAACAUCGUCAGGACUCUGACGCAGGAGGACCCGGGGGACAAUCAGAUCACGCUGGAGGAGGUCAUGCAGAUGGCCGCAGGCGUGAAGGCCGAGCCCUUUGAAAACCACUCGGCGCUGGAGAUCGCGGAGCAGCUGACGCUGCUGGACCACCUGGUCUUCCGGAAGAUCCCUUACGAGGAGUUCUUUGGGCAAGGCUGGAUGAAGCUGGAGAAGAACGAGCGGACCCCUUACAUCAUGAAAACCACCAAGCACUUCAACGACAUCAGUAACCUGAUCGCUUCGGAAAUCAUCCGCAGCGAGGACAUCGGCGCGAGGGUGAGCGCCAUCGAGAAGUGGGUGGCGGUGGCCGACAUCUGCCGCUGCCUGCACAACUACAACGCGGUGCUGGAGAUCACGUCCUCCAUGAACCGCAGCGCCAUCUUCCGGCUGAAAAAGACGUGGCUCAAAGUCUCUAAGCAGACCAAAGCUCUGAUUGAUAAGCUCCAAAAGCUUGUGUCCUCGGAGGGCAGAUUUAAGAAUCUGAGAGAGGCUCUGAAAAACUGCGACCCGCCCUGCGUCCCUUACCUGGGCAUGUACCUCACCGACCUGGCCUUCAUCGAGGAGGGGACACCCAACUACACGGAGGAUGGCCUGGUCAACUUCUCCAAGAUGAGAAUGAUAUCCCACAUUAUCCGGGAGAUUCGCCAGUUUCAACAAACUGCCUACAAAAUAGAGCACCAAGCAAAGGUGACCCAGUAUUUACUGGACCAGUCUUUUGUGAUGGACGAGGAAAGCCUCUACGAGUCUUCUCUCCGGCUAGAACCCAAGCUGCCCACCUGAAGCUGGCCCUCCCAGAACCCACCGCUCCCCAGAGACACGCUACUCCCGUAGAGCCAGACUAGGACUCUCCGUGCCGGUCCUGACGUCCUGACGUCGUGCAAACACACCCCCAUCUCCCUCCGCGCCUGUUUCCUGACACUGUCUCCUCGUCUCUCCGCCCCGCCCCUCGCUCUUCCCGAAGGGCACGCAGAACCGUGCAUCCACGACUCUUAGGAAAAGUCCUGCUUCUGUCCUCCCCCAGCCCAGGCUCUGGGCUGAGUGGCCUCCCUCCCAGCAUGUCCCAUUAGUCGUUAAA